AUGAGCAAUGAAACAUAUAAUUCGCGAAAUAAGUUAAAGGAAAAAGUCGGUUAUAAUGUAUUGUUUGUGACAAACGAUGAUAUGGUUUACGGCAUGGGAUCUAAUUAUUACGGAUCACUCGGUUUGGGACACAAUAGGGCUGUCAAUACACCGCAAUGGCAUUUAUUGCUGCGCCUACUCGUCAUUUGCGGUGACAUCAGAUGGACUGAUAACAAAUAUGAAACUAAUGAAGAUUUUAAUGAUUUCACAAAUGGUCUUGUUGAGUUUGUUAAAAUGGGCUCCGGAUCAUUUGGAACCGCUUAUAUUGAGACCGAGUUAUGCGGACAAAGUCUGCGAACAUUAUUAGAACUGAAAGGUCCGGCGUUUGGCCGCCUGUCGGCCGACGAGGCCAUGAAUUUGUUGGAGUUUUUUAUUUCUUGCGAAAUGUUUAAAGAGCUGUUGGAAUGCAUACAAUAUUUGCAUGAUUUGAGUCCAGCAGUCAUUCAUCGGGACCUCAAACCCGAUAACAUAUUGGUAUCACUUAAUCCCCAAAACGGCCGUUGCGGUUAUUAUCACUCACUUGUGCUGACCAGUGAUGGCUGUGUCUAUGGAUGGGGCGCUAAUAUGUAUUCAUCGUUUGCCGUCACAACCUGUGGUCGAGUGUUUAGUUGGGGUAGAAAUCAGUGUAAUUUAGGACACAAUACAAGUGAUAAUAACUGUGACCAGGAUCAAAAUACCACCGAAUUAAAUGACUAUAAACGGCGUUACCAUGAGUUGUCUGUAUUGGGUUCGGGAUGUUUUGGCACUGUUUAUAAAGUCAGACAUAUAACUGAUGGACAGGAAUACGCUGUAAAAAUUGUUGAUAAUCCUGUUCUCUCACAGAAAGGUCCGGCGUUUGGCCGCCGAUUGGCCGAAGAGGCCAUGAAUUUGUCUGAAUAUUACAUUUCGUGUCAGAUAUUCAAAGAGCUGUUGGAAUGCAUACAAUGUUUGCAUGAUUUGAGUCCAGCAGUCAUUCAUCGGGACCUCAAACCCGAGAAUGUGUUGAUUGCAUGCAAUGCCGGCAAAUGGCGGCUAAAACUCUGUGAUUUUGGUUUGAGUGAAGCCUUCAAUCGAUUGACUUAUAAAAGAAAUGCCAAAUAUUUAUCGCCCGAAGAAACUAAUGGACAAACUGUUGAUUACAAGACAGAUGUUUACAGUGCGGCCAAAAUUGCACAAAAUAUAUUUGAUUUACAAUUGACUCGUAAAUUUUUACGUUUGUAUUCUAUGGACAAAAUUCUAUCCAAAAGUGUAACUGAAUUACAAAAAGUGUUGAUUUCUAUGCAAUCGUUGGAACCGUUCGAUAGACCCGAUUGUCGACAAAUGCACUAA